AUGGAUGUGAAGAUCCGUGGUGCGAAGGCUUCCGCCGCCCUUGCGCCUCCCCACGGCCACGUGCCGCGCUUUGGGAAGAGUCACAUAGAGAUUUCCAUCCCACAAGAUGCGGCCGAUGAGCAUGCAUACCCUCCAGAGGCCGUUCAGGUCCGCAAUACCUUCAUCCAUGUCGCGAGUCCAGGACAGGGCGCUACAGAGGAAAUCGCCAAGAAUGCCCUCUCGUGCCCGGCAAGCCAUGUGGGAUGGAUCCAGAAGCUCUUUACAGAGGACGACGAGGUUCCCAAGGCAGCGAAGCCCGUGAUCAGCUUGGAGGAGACGCUGAUUUUCGAUGUUCCCAACACUCCGCACGAGGAGCCAUUGGCGGCAAGUACUUACGCCAACCGGGAUCAUGGCAAGCAGUGGCUGGCGACGCAACCGCCGCAACAGCCUAUGCCGCCUGUGCAUGAUGCAGGGCUGUGUCCUCCUCGGCCUGCAGUCCCGUGCGAGCCCCCACCCGGUUGCUAUGCAGGAGCUGAUGAAGCAUACUUGCCUUACAGAAUGUACGAGGAGCCGUGGAUGCAGGCGCCCGCGCCUCUUCCACCCAUGCACGAUCCGCAGAUGUGCCCUCCCCCGCACCCCGUCCCUUGUGAGGCAAACCCCCAGUUCUAUCAUCCUCCCCCAGAGCAGCCCCAUGCUCACGCACCACCGAUGCCCCUUCCACCAAUUCCAUGCGAAGCCGCUCACGGUUUCUACCCUCAUCCUCCUUUGCACGAUCCCCACAUGUGCCCUCCCCCCCAUCCAGUUCCAUGUGAGCCGACGCCCGGAUUCUACCCACCCCCGGAGGCUCAUGCACACCCCGUGCCAAUGCCCUGCGAGCCCCCUCAUGGUUUCUACCAUGCUCCUCCCCCAGAGGAGCCACGAAGACCCCUGCUGCCAGUUCCGUGCGAGCCCAGAUCCGGAUUCUACCAUCCACCCCCGGAGGACCCCCGAGCACCCCUGAUGCCCGUUCCAUGUGAGCCCAGGCCGGGAUUCUAUCAUCCGGCCCCAGGUGGCUUCUACCAUCCUCCGCCACUGCCCCCAUGCGAGCCUGGUGCCGGGUAUUACCACCCUUCCCCCGAGGAGCCCCGGACCCACAUGAUGCCCCAUCCAUGCGAGCCCAACCCUCAGUACUAUCGUCAGGCCCAUGAAGAGACCCGAGGUCACACAAUGCCAGCACCCUGUGGGCCGACUCCCUACGCGUACCAGCCGUGCCCCGAGGAUCCCAGGGGGCCCUUGGCCACCUAUCCCACGGAGGCUUGGGUGGGUUCUUAG